CGCAGACUCAUAAUUCCACAGGUCAGACCGGCUCUUACAGUGGAAAUGCCAUCCGUUGAAUAUAGCUAGGUUGCUAGAGCGGAGGAAGUGUCGGAGUUUUCUCCGGCACAACACACCCCCCUCGUAACUGUUUCCCCACAUCUACUUCGCUGUCCUAAAUCUGCGGGGCCCCAUACGGGGUGAAGCGGAGAGAGUGGAGCCGCUGAGUCCUAGUAUCCAUCUCUUCUCCGCGCCGGCCAAUGCGAUUAAAUGUCUUAGCUAUAUAUCUUGCAUGCAUCCAUUUCAACUCUCAUAACGCUCAUUACGCUGAUUCUCUCUAUCACCCAAAACCAAAAUAGCAACAGACAAUAUUGCGCAGCUAGCAGCAUGGUCCAGCAAGAGAAACCCUCGGAGGUUCGCCAUGACGAGAUAGCUCCCUGCACCCAGCCCGCUGAGGAAAACUAUCACCAAACAAAUGAAGAUCAGGAGACCGCUAAGUACGUGGGUGGAAAUACUACCUUCGUCGACGAGGAGACUAGUAACGCGCUUUUCUGGACAGUCAACAAGAGAAUCCUAGCAUGUAUGCUCGGAACUUAUUUUUGCCAAUCUUUAGACAAAGGCACCCUUGGCUUCGCCUCGAUUAUGGGUAUCCAAGAUGAUGCUCACCUCGUUGGCCAAGAUUAUAGUUGGCUUGGCACAAUAUUAUACAUGGGAGUGCUUGUCGGAGAGUAUCCCACCAACCUCCUGCUACAAAAACUUCCUGUUGCAAAAUAUGUCGCAGCCAACGUUUUUCUAUGGGGCAUUGUCAUUGCUUGUUCAGCAGCUGCCAAAGACUUUAAGUCCUUAAUGGUAGUCCGAUUCCUGCUUGGCAUGUUUGAAUCCUGCAUACAACCCGCAUUUAUCAUCAUGACAAGCAUGUGGUAUACGAAACGCGAACAGACCGUCCUAACUUCGCUCUGGUAUUGUAUGACUGGAGUACAAUUAAUGGUCGGAGGUAUCAUUGCGUGGGGUGCAAGCCACUACGUCGGGCACUCUAUCUAUUCCUGGCAACUCCUAUUUCUCGUUCUAGGAUGCGUGACGUGCGGCUGGGCAGUUUUUAUCGGCUGGUGGCUGCCUGAUUCUCCACUGAAGGCGAAGUGCUUCACCGAGGACCAGAAGCGAAUGAUGGUUGAGCGUGUCCGAUCUAAUGACACUGGGAUUCAAAACAAGACUUACAAGGUCUACCAGGCUCUUGAGACGAUUAAAGACCCUGUUAUCUGGUGCUAUAUCAUGCUGCAGAUUACUUCAACUCUUGUCAUCGGUGGCCUCGGCGUGUUUUCGAAUAUAAUCAUCAAGUCCUUCGGAUUCACUCUUCUACAGACCCAGCUCUUGAAUAUAGCACAGGGCGCUGUGACGAUUUUGAUUAUGGUUGGUGGUGCCACCUUAGGUCAGACAACCGGCCAGACUAUUUUGGUUAUGCAUACAUGGACAAUCCCUCCCAUAAUCGGAACCGCGGUUAUCUACUCCAUUACACCCACCCCCCAAACCCGCGUCGGUCUCCUGAUCGCCUUCUACUGUACCCAAUUCCACCUUGCACAAGGGAAUCUCAUCUUUUCUCUGAUCUCCCGCAACAUCGCUGGCCAAACCAAGAAAUCUACCGCCCUGGCCAUGACCUUUGUGGCCUGGGCCGCCGGGAACAUGACCGCCCCCCAGAUCUUCCAGAAGAGCGAUGCUCCUCGCUACAAGAAUGGCUUCAUAGCGCACUUCUGCCUCUACGUCCUCUUUAACAUCUUCCUAGUGGUCUUGCGACUUUUGCUUACGCGCCGCAACAAGGCGAAGCAGAUCACAACAGCGACCGCACUGGCUCUCGAGGGGACGACGGACUUGAAGCAGGUGGAUGGAAAAAUCACGCACGCGCGGGCGUUUGAUGAUUUGACGGAUAAGGAGAAUCCGGAUUUUAGGUAUGUGUUUUAGGGGAGUGGGAGGAUAGUUCCUGUUGCUUGAGGCGACUCCGCGGUUGGGAGAUUGGGCUGCUAUGUGUAUACAAUGAAACCAGUCGUGAGAUGCAGACACACUCUUGCGCACCGAUAUUCCCCUCAGAAAUGAAGCAAAAGAUACCUCUUUCGUAAUUGCCG